AUGUUUGUAAUAUUUAAUCAUAUUUUAUCGUUUGAAAGUUGUAACCAAGCUGUAGCAAUCAAAAUACUUUAUGACUAUUCAGCAAAUAAAUAUUCCAUACCACAAGAUACAAUUUUUGCAUUAGAAGAUGCAAUUAGUAUACCUGAAAUUUCUUAUCAAGCUUUAAGAGUAUUGAAUAAUGUAGUUAGAAAUCGACAAAUUGUUGGUGGAAAAUUUCUGCUAUUUCUUGCUGAUAAUCUUUACUUAUCAUGCGAUAGUCAAUUAAGAGACAAAUCAUUUGAACUACUGGAUAUAGUCAAUCAUAAUCAAGAUAUAUCUGAUGAAAUUUUUCAUAUAUUAGAAUUAGAAAGGGCUGUUAUUGCUAUUAAUUCUUCUCCAUUGGACAGUAAUGAUGCUAUUUCUUACCUAUACGAAAUGACAGAACAAAAUCAAAGAUUAACACUUAAUGGAUUUAUAAUGCUAGACAAAAUAAUGAAUAGUCAAUUUGUAUUGGAUGAAAAAAUUUUCGGCAUUUUUUUGAAUAUUUCUAAAAAUGCACAACGUCUACCAGAUAAUUUAAUUAAUAAGCUGGUAGAAAGAUUCGAUCCUCGACAAGAAAAUUGCCAUUUGAUUGAUAUAUUUGAAAAUUUAGUUAAAAAUAAUCAAAAUAUUUCAGCUAAACUUACAUUGAAAUUAGAGAAAGCAUUAGAAAAUACACUGAUUUCAGAUCAAGUAUUGUCAAUUUUUGUACUUCUGGCACUAAAAGAUUCCCUUCGUCAAUUUUUUAAUUCAUUUUCUGACGCUGGUAUUAAGUUAGUUUCACGUAUUCAAUCAGUUUUAAUCCAUUUAUUAAAAGGAGAUAAUCAAAAUGUUAUUCGUAAAAGUCUUAAUGGUUUAAAAAUACUUAUAACAUUUCAUAAAGUUGAACUUAAUCAGAAAAGUAUAGAUAUUUUAUUAGAUCUAGCAGAAAAUGCUAUUUGUGAUGAAAAUAUGAAAAACGAUAUUAAUAUACUAUUAAAUACAUCGACAUUAGAUUAUAGUCAACAAUACAAAAUGAAAUUGUUUAAUUUAAAAUAUACUUCGAAUGAUGAAUUGCUCUAA